CUCAUGGCUGAUUAAAGCAGUAAGAGGAGAGAGUUGUGGACACAAAAAUGGAGAGAGGUAGAGGAGUUGGUGAAACACAUGUUUUGGUAAUUCCUUAUCCUGUACAGGGGCACAUAAACCCAAUGCUCCAGUUCUCCAAGCGCCUAGCCUCCAAAGGUCUCAAGGUCACACUCAUCACCACCACCCCUACUAACAAGUCCAAGCAACCUCAAUCCAGCUCAAUCAACAUGGAGCAUAUUCCGGUUGGUCUCCAAGGUGAAGAAGAGAGCCUAGAUGAUUAUCUGGAGCGUUUCAAACUUAUAGUUUCAUCUAGCUUGGUGGAGCUCAUUGGGAGAUACAAUGGGUCUGAGUACCCUGUCAGAGUCCUUGUGUAUGACUCAGUUAUGUCAUGGGCACAGGACAUAGUUGAAAGACUAAGCGUGGAUGGAGCUCCCUUCUUCACUCAAUCAUGUGCUGUUUCUACCAUCUAUUACCAUGUGAAUCAAGGGGCAUUCAAGAUUCCUUUAGAAGGGCCAACUGUGUCUAUACCUUCUAUGCCUAUACUUGGUGUUAAUGAUCUGCCAUCGUUCAUUAAUGACACAAGCUCGUAUCCAACAUUAUGGAGUCUGGUCAAGACCCAAUUUUCAAAUUUUGAGAAAGUGAAUUGGGUUUUCUUUAACACUUUCUGUGAGUUGGAAGAUGAGGUAGUGAAGUGGUUGGCAAGCAAACGGCCAAUCAAGACUAUAGGACCGACCAUUCCAUCAAUGUACUUGGACCGGAGGAUAGAUGACGAUGAAGAUUAUGGCCUAAGCCUCUUCAAGCCAAAUGCGGACGCCUGCAUUACAUGGCUAGACACAAAGGACACUGUCUCAGUGGUAUAUGUAUCAUUUGGAAGCUUGGCAUCAUUAGGAGAAGAGCAGAUGGAGGAACUAGCAUGGGGCCUAAAGAGAAGCAACAGCCAAUUUUUGUGGGUAGUCAGAGAACUAGAAAAGAAAAAGCUCCCCAGCAAUUUUGUAGAGGAGACAUCUGAGAAGGGUCUGGUUGUGAGUUGGUGUCCUCAACUGGAAGUUUUGGCCCACAAAGCCGUGGGGUGCUUCAUGACUCAUUGCGGAUGGAACUCGACACUGGAGGCGCUGAGCUUGGGAGUGCCAAUGGUGGCGAUGCCUCAGUGGACAGAUCAAACAACAAAUGCUAAGUUUAUUGAGGAUGUGUGGGGAGUUGGGGUUAGGGUUAAGGUGGGUGAAAAUGGGAUUGUUAAAAGAGAGGAAAUAAAGGAGUGUAUAAGGGAAGUCAUGGAGGGAGAGAGAGGGAAUGUGAUGCAAAGAAAUGCGCAGAGGUGGAAGGAGUUGGCUAAAGAGGCAGUAAAUGAAGGAGGAAGCUCUGAUAACAAUAUUGAAGAAUUUGUUGCACGACUUGUUUGCAGUUAAUGUUGAUUAACAACAAUAAAAUCUCUCUAUUUCCAUUUCA